AUGGCACCUGUUCUGCCAGGCGAGACGGCGGUAUCAGCGAAACGUGCUGAGCUUGCCGGAAAGGGUGGUAUCUGGGGCUUGUUGGGUAACAAGAAAACCUCUUUGAUCGGACUGUUUGCAUCACUCGGUGGUUUGGUGUAUGGAUGUAACAUUCAGCAGGGGAUGUUGACUUCUAUUCUCGAGCUCGGCGCGUGGGUUGGCACAUUGUUCAACGGUUAUCUCGCCGAUGCGAUCGGUCGUAGACUCACAGUGCUUGUCGCAGUUGUGGUGUUUUGUAUUGGCGUUAUCGUGCAGGCCUGUACGGUCAACAAAGAUUUCGUUUUCGGGGGUCGGUUCGUCACUGGUCUUGGUGUGGGAAGCUUGAGUAUGGUUGUGCCACUGUAUAACGCAGAGCUGAUCGGAUAUGGAACCAAUUACAUCGGUGGAACUGGUGACGGUCAGUCGAACGCUGCCUGGUUAAUUCCAAUCUGUAUCCAGAUCCUGCCCGCUGUUGUUCUGGCAGCUGGAAUGCUCCUUUUCAUGCCGCAGUCGCCUCGCCACCUGAUGAACACCGGUCGUGAAGAGGAGUGUCUCCAGACCCUCGCGCGUCUCCGCGCAGCCUCAACCGAUGACCUCCUAGUUCGAAUUGAAUUCCUCGAAAUCAAAAGCCUAUAUAUCUUCGAGCGCGAGACUGCAGCUGAGAAAUAUCCCCAGUGGCAGGAUGGAUCUUUCAAGAGCCGGUUUAAUAUCGGAUGGCAUGAUUAUUUGUCUCUGGUCACAAACAAGUCACUCUUCAAGCGGACGACUGUUGCCGUGAGUCGAGCCCCUCCUCCAUUCCGAACUUACAGCAGUAACAAAGGAGCACCCCCUCUCAUGGCAUUGCAGACUGUUGCUGACCUUUCAAGUCCAUACAUCUUCGAGGACAUGGAGCUUCCAGGAAACACCACAAAUCUCCUAGCCACUGGAGUAGUUGGAAUUGUUGAGUUUCUCUUCACCAUCCCCGCUGUGCUUUGGGUGGAUCAGAUAGGUCGCAAGAAGAUCCUGAUUGCCGGCGCAACGGGCAUGGCUAUCUGCCACUUCAUUGUCGCCGGUAUAAUUGGUGCUUAUCAGCAUUCUUUCUUGACUCAUCAGGGUGCAGGAUGGACAGCCAUUGUUUUUGUCUGGAUAUUCGUUAUCAAUUUUGCGUAUUCGUGGGGGCCCGUGGCAUGGAUCGUGACCUCCGAGGUUUUCCCGCUCAGCAUGCGCGCGAAGGGAGUCAGUAUCGGUGGCAGUAGCAAUUGGCUAAACAACUUCGCUGUUGCCACGGCCACUUCACCUUUCACCAGCACUUCCACUCUCGGAACCUUCAUCUUCUUCGGAUGUGUCACAACAGUAGGAAUAUUCUAUGUAUACUUCUUUGUACCUGAGACUAUGGGUCGGACAUUGGAGGAAAUGGACGAGAUCUUUGGCACCGUCGGUCUGGCAGCGGCCGAUGCGGAGCGCAAGGCUCGGAUUGAGAGUGAUGUUGGGCUCCUUGCUCUUGUCGGCGUGGAACCGUUGCAGUCUGAGAGGGAGAAGGCCAUUUUGACUCACGAUGAUGAAAAUGCAGAAGAUAAAACUGGUACGGGGGCUGAAUUGUAA